CGUGGGUCGCUCAAACCCCAUCCCGAAGUCAGCGCUAGCUAAGAAAAUUAUUAUUUAGAGAUUUAUUGUGGAAAAGGGCAAGGAAGAAAAAAAAAGAAAGAAAAAGAAAGAGGGGGGGAGAAUGAGAGGAGAGACUCCCAUCAUGCUCUGCUAAGGCAAGAGGGUUCUUAGGGUUGCCGUGCAAUGAAAAAUGAUCUUUAAUGGAGAGAGCCGCUGCAGUGUUGAGUGACUGUGGGGGCGUUGGGGUGGAGGGGAAGAGCAAAGUAAGAUAACCCGAGCUCGAGCUCAGAGUGUCGGAGGAGCCAACGACUCCUAACGUAGGAGAAAGAAACUUUGUGAAGAUGGUACAGGAGGUUAAUAUCGAUUACGUGACUGGAGAAGGAGACAGGGAGAUUUAUCUUUCCCUCCAUGACAAUUAAGGCCACAUUUCUCGGCGCCGCCAGCCCCAAGCCCGUUCGCAAAAAUGAACUGCUGUACUGAAAUCCAGGAUCAUCAUGAACUCUCUUCGCGUUGCCAGAAAACCAGUGAAAGGGGCGUGGGGCUGGAGUGGGAAGGAGGAUGAUUCGGGCAAAGAUGAAACCCGCACGUCGUUGCGUGUUUGACCACGAACUCGAGGUCUGAGCCGACUUCUGCCUUUGCAGUUGACUGAAACGUGUUUUCAAUCUGGCUCAGUAACAUCACCAUCCUCUUCCUCUAGACCCGCGUGUAUGCGCGCGUGUAAUUCACGCACCCAGGAAGCCCGGGCCACACAAAAGUUGCCGGUAAUGGGACGCUUUUCUUGAAAGCAUCCUUGUGCUCCCUGGACCCCUUUGCUCGCUGCGACUGCCCAGGAUGGUACAGGUGGUGAGCACCAGGGGGCACCAGACGGAGCAGGAAGCCAGCCUCGGGAGCCAGAUGGCAGUUGAAAGCCUUCGACGGCCCGGGAACUCCAACCCAAGAAGGAACCAGCCCAUCAACCUGAACCAUUACACCACCAAGAAGAGCGUGGCAGAGAGCAUGCUGGAUGUGGCUCUCUUCAUGUCCAAUGCCCUGCGGCUGAAGGCCGUGCUCGAGCAGGGGCCGUCCUUCCAUUACUACACCACCCUGGUCAGCCUCAUCAGUGCGUCCCUGCUCCUGCAGCUGGUCAUCGGGAUCCUCCUGGUGCUCAUGGCACGGCUGAACCUGAAUGAGGUAGAGAAGCAGGGGCGGCUAAACCAGCUCAACGACGUGGCCACCACCUUCAUCUUCCUCACCGUCGUCAUCAGCGUCUUCAUCACAGCCUUCGGAGCGCAUCAGACGGGGUUCCUGGCUGUCAGGGCCUCAAGGAACCCUCUGUGAACACAGCAGCACCCUGGGUACUGGGUCUGCAGCUGUGCCGCCUCCUUCCUCUCCCUUCUGCCAGGGAGUGGGCGCGCGUCACCGCCCCUGGGAGAACUUCCUUCGUAGCAGUGUAGCUGUCCUCGCUCCCAACCACACGAGCCGGAAUUAAGACGUGCUGUCUCACUGGGCUGGAGUUCUGAGCUCAGCCCUGGGUACUGCCGGCCUUGCCCGUCGUGGGUGGCACCUCCAGCAUGUGAGGCGCGUCUGCACAGCCCAGCUCCGCCCAGCUUCCGGACUCUGCUUCUAACUUCACCCCGUUCCUUCCCACUGCCCCGGGCCUCAUUUUCCUUUUCUGUAAAAUGGAAUGAUUUCUAUCUAUAAAA